AUGAAUAAAUGUGUAAAAUGCAUAUAUAUAUUAAUAUUCAUAUUAAUUGGAUAUUCUGGAUGUUCUGAUAAAUCAGAUGAUCUACACACAGGUCCUAUAGCCAGCUGUGAUAGUGAUGAAGAUAAUUUUGAUGUAGGACAAUCUAAUGAAGAGGAAUCUACUCAAACACCUCAACCACAGCCUAUACCAGUACCAUCACCUCAUCCACAACCACAACCAAUAACACAGCCUCCACCACAACCUUAUGGACCAUAUCAACCUCCACCUACUCAUCCACAACCUGUAACUUAUCCUGGGUAUCCACAAUAUUAUCCAGGAUACCAACCAUAUCAACCUACUCAACCAGUACCACAAUAUUAUCCUGUAUAUGAUGCAUCACCUAGUCAACCACCAAGUUAUCAACUACCACUACCACAACCACAACCACCAUAUUAUCCAGGAUAUUAUCAACCUUAUCCGCCAUAUCAGCCUUAUCAAAUACCUCCAACAGAACCAUAUCAACAGUAUCAAGGAUAUCUUCCAUAUCAGCCUUAUCAUCAUCCAACACAACCAUAUCAGCCAGAGCAACCAACUACAGAAGAAUCUAAAGAUAAAGAAUCUAAAAAAUUCAAAAAAUGUGAAACAAUUGGUUUUUUAAAGAUGAAUGAAGAAGGUAAUUUAGUUCCAAUGACUAAUGAAGACUAUAUUGAAUCAUUUCCUAAUAAUAAAACAUCAAAAUAUGUAUUCAAGUCAAACCUUGAAAAAUUGUAUUGCAAUGAUAAAAUUAUUUAUACACAUAAGAUUGGGAAAGAUUAUUGCACUUCACUGACUUAUAACAAUAAAACUAAUUGUUUUAUUAUGACUACUCCUUCUGGAUUUUAUUUAAUCAAGUAUUAUAAAGGUAAAUGGGAAACCAUUGAAAAGAAAAUCCAUAAAUAUAUUAAAUUAUACGGAAUAGAUGAGAGCGGUAUGCCGAUUACAAUAGAUGAAAAUUUUUAUUAUACAGACUUUUUAAGACCAAACACCUUUAAAUAUGUAUUUUUACCUGGGGUAAAGAUAACGAAUAUUGAUGCUGGAACAAAAACAAUUUGGAAAAAAGGUAAAAAGGAACAAUUUCCUAUAGGAUUGAGUUUUAGUUCUUUUAACAACAUUGUACUUCAUUUCGAUGAAUAUGUUAAAAUAUUUAGAAUGUUUGAUGGAGAAUAUCGUCUACAUUUUACAAAAAAUAAGUAA